GGAAGAGGAAGGUCAUAUAAAAAGCACCAACCGCCACUGGCGCGCAUUCUUUGUGUGCUAAGCCGCCCCGUUGUUCGCAGCUUCGCAUACUCGUGAAUUCUCCUCCUGCUUUUAAUUUAUUUCCUGUAGAUUUUUAACUCAAUCUUUUGAAAAUGCGUGAAUGUAUCUCAGUUCAUGUUGGACAAGCUGGAGUCCAGAUUGGUAACGCCUGCUGGGAACUCUACUGCCUUGAGCAUGGCAUCCAGCCUGAUGGUCAGAUGCCCUCUGACAAGACCAUUGGAAGCGGAGAUGAUAGUUUUAACACCUUCUUCAGCGAGACUGGAGCUGGAAAACAUGUUCCCCGAGCUGUAUUCGUAGAUCUAGAACCCACCGUCGUCGAUGAAGUCAGAACCGGCACAUACAGACAGCUGUUCCACCCUGAACAGUUGAUCACUGGAAAGGAAGAUGCCGCCAACAACUACGCCCGAGGUCACUACACUAUUGGAAAGGAAAUCGUCGACUUAGUAUUGGACCGCAUCCGUAAAUUGGCCGACCAAUGUACCGGUCUCCAGGGUUUCCUCAUCUUCCACUCCUUCGGUGGUGGUACCGGAUCCGGAUUCACCUCCCUUCUCAUGGAACGUCUCUCAGUCGACUACGGAAAGAAGAGUAAAUUGGAAUUCGCAGUCUACCCAGCACCUCAGGUAUCCACCGCUGUUGUCGAACCCUACAACUCAAUCCUCACCACCCACACCACCUUGGAACACUCCGACUGCGCCUUCAUGGUCGACAAUGAAGCCAUCUAUGAUAUCUGCCGCCGUAACUUGGACAUUGAGCGCCCCACCUACACCAACCUCAACAGGCUCAUUGGUCAAAUCGUCUCCUCCAUCACAGCUUCCCUCCGAUUCGACGGUGCCCUCAACGUCGACUUGACUGAAUUCCAGACUAACUUGGUCCCAUACCCACGUAUCCACUUCCCUCUGGUCACCUAUGCCCCUGUCAUCUCCGCAGAAAAGGCCUAUCAUGAACAGUUGUCUGUCGCCGAGAUCACCAACGCCUGCUUCGAGCCUGCCAACCAGAUGGUCAAGUGCGACCCCCGUCACGGCAAAUACAUGGCCUGUUGCAUGUUGUACCGAGGAGAUGUUGUGCCCAAGGAUGUCAAUGCUGCCAUCGCCACCAUCAAGACCAAGAGAACCAUCCAAUUCGUCGACUGGUGUCCCACUGGUUUCAAGGUCGGUAUCAACUACCAACCACCCACAGUUGUUCCUGGUGGCGAUCUUGCCAAGGUCCAAAGAGCCGUAUGCAUGUUGUCCAACACCACCGCCAUCGCUGAAGCUUGGGCCCGUCUUGACCACAAGUUCGAUCUGAUGUACGCCAAGCGUGCUUUCGUCCACUGGUACGUUGGAGAAGGUAUGGAAGAAGGAGAAUUCUCCGAAGCCCGUGAGGACUUGGCUGCCCUCGAGAAGGACUACGAGGAAGUUGGCAUGGACUCCGUUGAAGGAGAGGGUGAAGGAGCCGAAGAAUACUAAAGACAAAAGUUCCCAACAAACGAACAAAUCCUUGAUCAUCUGUCCUGAUUUCUCUCAAUUACUGUUUUCCUGUGUUUGAUUUCUUUAACUUAUGUGAUCCUAUUUUUAUUUUUUUACAUUUUUCAAGUUUUGCUACGAAUUAAAGAGUUUGAGAGAAUUA